CUAGUCUAGUCUGGUUCAGAUCUCGUUCUCUCUCUACAAUGUCGUGGAUUGAAUCAAUGGCGGCAAUUUGUAUCAUCGUUUUUGCAGGUUUCCUUACCAUAAGCGAAGCUUCUAUACAUGAGUAUCAUCGAGAGAGAUUCGUCGCCAAGGGAAAUGCAUUUGUUGUCCAUGGCGGAAGUGAAGGAAUCUAUUAUUCAAUUCCGAAUCAAAACGAGUCAUCCAUUACUUCUAACGGAGAUUCUUACAUAAGGUUGGAAAGAAUUACAUUUGAGAGGCCAAAAGAGUUUUCAACUGUUGCAUCAGGGUUGAUUCACGCUAUUGUUUUUGAGGUAGAUGAUCGGGAGACAAUAGGAGGUUCAGCCUAUGGAGGCCAAAGAGCUGUUUGCUGUACAGCAGAUCUGGCUAAAUUGGGUGUGUGCACACAAGGAGAAAUUAUUCAUCGCCCAUCAAUCAAUAACCCUGGCUGGCCUCAAGUGUUUGGUAUAUCGUUCAAUGAAAACGAUCGAUUUACAACAAUGCAACCAAAAUCAAUACGAGUUACUAGAACGGGCAUGUACAAUCUUUACUUUAUUCAUUGUGAUCCAAAUCUCAAAGAACUGAUUGUGCAGGGGAAAACCGUAUGGAAAAAUCCUACUGGUUAUCUCCCAGGUAGAAUGGCACCCCUUAUGAAAUUCUUCGGCUUUAUGUCUCUUGCAUUUGUGAUACUUGGUGUUUUCUGGUUCUAUCAAUAUGCAAAGUUUUGGAAAGAGGUUCUUCCUUUACAGAACUGUAUCACUCUAGUGAUCACAUUAGGCAUGUUUGAGAUGACGUUGUGGUACUUUGAUUAUGCUGAAUUCAAUGAGACAGGGAUAAGACCAACUGGGAUUACUGUAUGGGCUGUUACCUUUGGGGCAGUGAAACGGACAGUUUCUCGAUUGAUCAUUCUGAUGGUUUCAAUGGGAUAUGGAGUUGUGAGACCCACUUUAGGCGGUCUUACAUCAAAGGUUCUAAUGCUAGGAGGAACAUUCUUUCUUGCAUCGGAAGUGCUUGAACUUGUUGAGAAUGUUGGUGCUAUCAGCGAUCUCUCGGGGAAAGCAAGAUUAUUCUUGGUUCUUCCUGUUGCUAUUUUGGAUGCUUUCUUCAUUAUUUGGAUUUUUAAGUCCCUCUCUGCAACACUAAACAAGCUUCAGGGUAGAAGGAUGACAGCCAAACUAGAUAUUUACAGGAAAUUCACGAAUGCUUUGGCAGUUGCUGUUAUUGUAUCUGUAGGCUGGAUAUGUUAUGAGCUCUACUUCAAGUCAAAUGAUGUAUACAAUGAACAGUGGCAGAAUGCGUGGGUAAUCCCUGCUUUCUGGCAGGUUUUAUCAUUCUCAUUGCUCUGUGUCAUUUCUUCUCUUUGGGCACCAUCUCAGAACUCAAUGAGAUACACAUAUACAGAAGAAUCAAACGAAGAAGACUUUGAUAAAGACGAUACAUUGACAUUUAUUAAACCUUCACCCGUACCUUCAAAAGAUCUUCGAAGUCAACCAGAAGUUAAAGAUCAGCAAAGCAACAUCAUCGAUUCAACUGAUGAUCUGGAAGAAGACAAAACUGAGUGAUCUCCUAAAAGAAGUAUGGACAUUUAUUCGAUUGCAGCAGAGAUUACAACUUUCGGAAAUAUUUCCACUGUAAGUGAGCAUUUUGAUUAUUCAUUUUAUAUUUGUACUACUAUAUAUCUAUGGUCAUUUGAUAUUAUACAAGUUGGGUGUAUUUCAAGAUCUUGAACAAAUAAAUUAUGAAGAUAGGAAAAUGUGUAGAAGAAAUAUUUGUGAUAUGUUGCAUAGCUAGCCCACUUCCUAA